AUAAUAUAUAAAAUGGAUAAUAAUGAACAUAAAGAAAAUCAAGAGAAAUAAUAUAUAUGCAUAGAUCCUAAAUGUGAUUAAUCAAAUAGGUUAUUUAAAGCAAAAAACGAGAAUCAUCCACAUAAAUCUCAUGAUCAUUAAUUAUAUUAAGAAUUCUAGAAGAUGAUUCGUGCUCAAUUUCCCUAAUAAGUGAAGGAAUAAAUAAACUAACAAUUUAGUAAAGAUGAAUUGAUAAAAGCAAUAUAAAGUAGAUCUGUAUAAAUGCAUGAGUCUGUAAAAAUUUUCGAAGAAAAUCUAAUAAAGUAAGAGUAACUCUUUGAAAAUUAAUAGAACUAUAGAAGCUUAUGAUAUAUUAGGAGGAGAUAAAGCAUCUAUUAAUUAAACUUUAACUUAAUUAAAUGAAUCUAAUCCUCCCUAAUCAUUAAAUGUUCAAGGUCUAUUACAAGUAUUAAAAAUAAAUAAAUUGGGACCAUAAAAAGUAUUAGAAAAAUGGAAAAGAGAAAAUGAAAUAAUUUUAAAAGAGUUAAGUACUUAAGCAGAAUCUGCUUUAAAAACAUUAAGCAAUGCUACUCUAUAAAGUUAUAUGCAUAUAUAACAUUUAUAAAGUCCUUUAAUUUUAUAAAAGUACAAAUAUAGAAUAUACUAUUGUAGAAUGCAUUAUGUAUGGAGUCCCAAUUUUAAAGCUAGUUCUAUUACAUUAAGAGAAGAAGCUGCAUAUGAAAAAGGAAAUGCUAUGGGAUUAGUAUGUAUAUAGUAACAACUUGAAAAAGAUUAAAUAUAAAGUCUAACUAUUGAUGUGAAAGAAAGAGGAGGAGUAUUUUAUAAUGGAAUAAUAGAAUUUAUAUAUAGGUGUAAUGGACAUGAAUGAAAGAAAAUCAAAAGGAAGAAGAGCAUUUAGUUUUCAUGACUGGAAUGAAUCUAGUCAUGGUCUCUAUCUACUUUAUCAUGGAGGGUGUAAUAAAUAAAUAUUUAUAUUAGAUGUGUUUAGUUCAAAUGAUAUAAAAAUAAACACAAAAAAAGUUGGAUUCAAUUUUGAUUAAAAUGAUAAAUUGAUACUUACUUGGAAUGGUCCUGAACAUUCUGUGACAAUUUUGAAGGUAGGAAGUAGUCAUGUAAAAUCUUAUAUAUUAUAUUUUAGUAAUAUACUUUCAAAGUUAAUCCAGAUGGAUAAUAUCAUUUUACUGUUGGUUUAUUUAAGUGCGAAGUCAGAUUGCUUGAAUGA